GCUCACAGCGGCCACUCUUCCCUCUUCCCGUCUCAUAUGACACUUUUAUUUUUAUUUUUAUUGCUUUUUAAAAAAAUUAUUAAGACGAAGUAAUUUUGGGGGACGAUCUCCUAAACAUCAAAAUUCAAAUCUAAAUCCCUCAAUAUGGCAUUUCACGUUGCCUGCCCAAUUACAUGUCGCAGAAUCUGCUUCUGCUCGCUAGGGUUUCCUCGCGCCCUCCAUACAUCGAAGGCCAAGCAUGAGUUCCUGGACGAUGUGGCUAGAAUCGAUGAGUUUCUCAAGGAUCCUCUGGGAAUUAGGGCUCCAGAAAGGGAACGGACCGUGCAAAUCGCGGUCCCUAAGGUUGUGCCUCCGCCGCCGCCGCCGCAGCGGCAGUUGCAGUCAACGGCGGCGGCUGAUGGGGUCCCCGUUAUUGAUGAGGUGGAUGAGGCAGUGUCAACUAAGGCUAAAAGGGUUGCGUUGCAGCGGAAGGGGGCUGCCGCAAUGAUUGCUGCCGAGGAGUACGCCCGUCAGUUUGAGUCAGCGGAUGCAGUGGAUGCAUCAGGAAAUCUUGCAGGAGAAGAGCAUGGUCACUUGAAUGUCAAAGUCUUUUGCCGAAUGUGCAAUCGUGUUGAAAAUGAAGGAAGUGAAAGAGCUAGAAAAAUGCUUUCUUGCAAAAGUUGUGGCAAGAAGUACCAUCGGAGCUGCUUGAGAAGUUGGGCUCAACAUAGAGAUUUAUUUCAUUGGAGUUCAUGGACUUGUCGUGCUUGCCGAAUUUGUGAGGCUUGUAGAAGGACAGGAGAUCCAAGUAAGUUCAUGUUUUGCAAAAGGUGUGAUGGCGCUUAUCAUUGUUAUUGUCUACAUCCUCCUCACAAGAAUGUUAGUUCUGGGCCUUAUUUGUGCUCAAAACAUACAAGAUGUCACAGCUGUGGAUCCAAUGUUCCAGGAAAUGGUCUAAGUGUGAGGUGGUUUCUCGGAUACACCUGCUGUGAUGCAUGUGGCAGAUUGUUUGUGAAAGGAAACUAUUGUCCUGUUUGUUUGAAGGUCUAUAGAGAUUCAGAAUCGACACCAAUGGUUUGCUGUGAUAUUUGCCAGCGUUGGGUGCACUGCCAGUGUGAUAAUAUAAGUGAUGAAAAAUAUCUUCAAUUUCAAGUGGAUGGGAAUCUACAGUAUAAAUGUCCGACAUGUCGUGGGGAAUGUUAUCAGGUCAAGGAUCUUGAGGAUGCUGUUAAAGAACUUUGGAAGAGAAGAGAUAUUACUGACAGAGAUUUAAUUGCCAGCUUGAGGGCUGCAGCUGGUUUACCAACUCAAGAAGAAAUAUUUUCUAUUUCACCAUAUUCAGAUGAUGAGGAUAGUGAGCCUGUAAAAGCAAAGACUGAAUCUGUGCGAUCUUUUAAGUUCUCUUUGAAGAAUUUCUCUGAUCACUCACCAAAGAAGACAAAAGAUUAUGCAAAGAAAUGUUCAAGCAAAAAGUCUGCCAAGAAAAAGGAUUAUCAACCUUUUAUGACUGGGAAAACUGAUCCCAGUUUAGAAGGACAUAGUGAUGUCAAAUCUGUGCAUAGCUUGGAUGAUGAUAUCCAAUCCCACAGACAUGAAGCUCCUGAUGUUUAUUCUUCACCUGCUGGUGGAAGCCUGAGCCAAACUGAAGGUUAUGCUAAUCAGCCAGGGAUUUUGAAACAGAAGUUUGUAGAUGAGGUGAUGAUCAGUGAUGAAGAGAGAAAACCUAGAGUUGUUCGAAUUAAAAGCAGUAAGGCUCAAACUCUUGAUAGUGAGGAAGAGGCUGGAAAAAAUGGUGAUAGGAAUCAGAAUGUGAAGGGGAAGAAGUUGGUUAUAAAUUUUGGGGCACGGAAAAUUAAUGUCACUAAUUCUCCACGGUCUGACACUUCAAGUUGCCAAAGAGAUCAAGAUCUGGUUAGCACUAAUGGCAAUGAAGAUAUUAGCCAAUCAGGGAAAGGAGACAAGUUUAUGUUAGACAGACAUGAUGGCAUGGCUAGAAAUGCUGAUGGUAAAGGAAACAGAGUUGAUUCUCGUCAAUCAAAAGAUGUAAAGGUUUCAGGUAGAGAAGGAAAUUUGAUAAAGCCUGCAAAAGUCAAGGCAGAAGUUUCUGAAUUGAACUCAGGCUCUGUUAGGAGCAAUAUUGCUGAUAGGAGUGAAUCUGGUCCCAUAGAUCGACCUCGUAUCAUGAUUGGAAAGCGCCGCACUGAGGGAAGGACUGGUCAAGAUGGAUCUGUACAAACUAUGUCACAAGGUGAGAGGAUGUUUUUGGGGAAGCAGUCAGAAGGCAGGUCUGAUGCAUAUGAUGAAACAGAUGACAAUGCUAAUCAUACACCAUCCCAUUCUUUGCCAAAAGACUCUAAACCCUUGUUGAGAUUGAAAUUUAAGAAACCUAGUAUCGAAAGUCAAAAUUCUCUUCAUCGUGAAGAUGAUAAGAUUACAAUCAAGGGACAGAGGUCAAAAAGGAAGAGACCUUCACCUUUCAUGGAGAAAGUGUUGAACAAUGAGGGUGAAGAUGUAGCACAAUUGCAUCAAGAUGGUCCGAUGGAUGAAAUCAUGGGUGCUAAUUGGAUAUUGAUGAGAUUAGGUAAAGAUGCCAUUGGAAAGAGAGUUGAAGUUCAGCAGACAUCUGACAAUUCUUGGCACAAGGGAUCGGUCACUGAUGUAAUUGAAGGGACUUCAAAAAUAUCUGUUACCUUGGAGGAUGGCAAGGUGAAGACCUUGGAACUCCGUAAGCAAGGGGUCCGUUUUAUUCCUCAAAAGCAAAAGAGAUCAAAAGCUUGAAAUGCUCAACCAUUUCAUUCUUGGUUAUUCUUUAACGUGGGGACUGUCUAUUCUUUCGAUUUGAAGAGACAGCUUCAUCUCUAUGGGGGCCCCUUGUUACUACCUGCCAUUCGGUGCUCUAUGUGAUGCUGAUUUUUUGGCUGAAGCAUUUUCUUCUGGAACUAUUUCAGUUUUCCGGGAAGAAACAAGCUGCUUCUGUUGAGGUCCUUUCUAAAACCGCAAGAUUUCAUCUAGGGUUAGAAUUGUCUCAUUUUUUCCCCUACAUGUAUUUUAUUUUAGAAAGUAGUUUUCUACAUCUGAUGUAUAGGUCACCAUUGCUGUAGAAUGAAGAUUUUUUUUUUUUUGGCCUUUGGAUGAUUAUGUAGCACGAAAAUGGAGUGUCGGAUUUAUGGCUUAUGUUGCUAGUUGUAUUGUGUACCACAGCCUUAGUGAGCUGAGAUGUUACCAUUUGAAAAUUGAACUGGCUCAGUUUGUCCUCUCCACAAAGUAGUGGGUGGUUGGUGUUCCAUAGGGUUCAAAUUCCCUCAAAAUCCGUUUAGUACAUGGACAUUUUAAUUGUUUUCUAAUUUCUUUUUAUUGUAAUCAAUUUGCUGAAUAUUUGAAAACCCAAUGUAAGGAUUAGUAAACCAAUGUUGGAAUUCUCA